AGAAAAAACAGCUUGUAGAGGGUGGCUGUUUCUGGUGGGGGUUAGAGAGAGAGAGAGGAAAAGAAAAACUGGGAAAGAAAGAGAAAAUUAGGAAGAGAGAAAGCUCUGAGUCUGAGAGAGACCCAAAAGAUGGUCGAAGGGAGGGUCCUCUGAGAUCAUCCUGAAAAGGCAGUAACAGAAAAAAAUUACGGGAUUAAAAUUUAAUUCUUUCAAGGUUUUUUUUGGGUCGAUAAUCAUUUUGGUGUUUUUUUCUUUGCUGCCUUUUGAAGUUUUGAGUCUCAAUCACCCCCCACCUAUCACCACCCUUGAACUUUCUUCACAUAAUUUAAUUGAAAUUAAUUGCUUCAUUCACUGCAUUUCUGGUUUUUCAACUUCCUGUUGAUUAUCCCUUGUACCCCCAGAAAUUCCAACAAGUGAAAAAAGACAGCACCAAUAAAAGAGCCCCCUUCUUUAUGCUGCUCCCAGAAAACUGUCUGAGAAGAUAAUCUGCAGAGCCGGGGAUGUGCAUUCGUUGACCAGAAGGGUGUUGUCACCUCCAAUUACAAACCAUAAUCAUGAGGGACCCGAAUACGGUGGUGGGUUUGCGUUUUUUUGUAGCCUAGUUUUUGCUAGUUAGAAUUUUGUUUCAGUUUUGGGUUUUGUUUGUUUGUUUGUUGGAAGCGGAAAAAAAAGAAAAAAGAAUUGAAAUUUGGUUUCGGGCUUUUGAGCAUAGUGGAAGGGGGUUGCUCGUAUAAAAAAACCUGGCGAUUUUGUAUAGUAAUUCGCGUAGCUUCGUGGCUGUCAAGGGAAAUAGUUACUACGACCACCAUCACCACUGCUGCAUUUGGUUCAUCUGGCAAUGAGGGGUAGAUGGAACCCUUUCGGGUUCCGCUUGCUAUCUCUCCUGGUUUUUUUGACUAUUGUUUCGAGGUUUCGGGGUUGUUGGUCUGUCAAUGAUGAAGGAUUGACUUUGUUGUCAUUCCGGGAGAAUAUAAAGUUUGAUCCUUUUGGUGCUUUGGAAAAUUGGAGUCCUAAUGAUAGCGAUCCUUGCCUGUGGAAGGGUGUUCAUUGUGUGGACAGUAAAGUGCAAAUUCUGAAUCUGACGGAUUUUUCUUUGGAAGGGACAUUGGCUCCUGAACUUGGGAAACUUAGUCACCUAAGAUCUCUUGUGUUCUACAAGAACCGUUUAUCUGGUGAAAUUCCUAAGGAGAUUGGGGGGCUUACAAGGUUAGAGCUGCUGGAUUUGAGGGACAAUAACUUGAGUGGGACAAUUCCAGUUGAGAUAGGCAGGAUGCUGUCACUGAAACGCUUGUUGCUUUGUGACAAUAGAUUUGAAGGCAGCAUUCCUCUAGAGCUCCGGAGUCUCAGCUUGCUCUCUGAAUUGCAAUUCGACGAUUACCUUACAUCCAGUGGAAACACAGGAUUUGGCUGUGUAAACAGAAAGUUUGGACACUGCAUCUGGCAGAGCAAUUUAAAACAUGUGAAUAAUGGAGAUUCCUUGGUGGUAUUGCUUAAAGUAGCUUUUAAGCACUAUCUCAACUACUUGUCACUGCCACGUUACAAAAAGGACUCGCUGCAUAGCCAGGUGGACGGUUGCUGUGAUAAUUUAUCUAGUUUGUUUGAGUCAAACAUGGUCUUUGCUCGACGUAGGCUACUUGCACAAGCCAGUAACCUACCAGCUGCACCUGUUACUGGUACGGUACCUUCUGGACAGAUCAUUGCUCUACCAACUACCCGAAGUAGUGGCUCUUUCCCAGCUGUGCCAAAAGAUAAAAAGAAAAAUUCUCCUCCACCUGCACCUGCACCGCAGCCUCCAUCUCUUGAUCCUCCAUCACAUGAGAAUUCAAAACCUAGUGGACAAUCUUCCCAAAAAUCAAAUGGAAAUAUAUGGAAGUACAUCAUUAUUUCUUUUAGUGUGCUUGUCUUGCUCAUUAUUCUUAUAGCCAUGGUCUUCAUGUGUCGAAGCCAAGCAGUUAAAACCAUAGGUCCUUGGAAGACUGGAUUGAGUGGGCAAUUGCAGAAAGCAUUUAUAACAGGAGUUCCCAAGUUGAACCGAUCAGAACUGGAAACCGCCUGUGAAGAUUUCAGCAAUAUUAUUAGCACAAUUGAUGGGUGUAUUGUGUACAAGGGAACACUGUCCAGUGGAGUUGAGAUUGCUGUUGCAUCAACAACAAUGUCUUCUUUGAAAGAGUGGUCCAAGCGUGCAGAGAAUGCUUACCGAAAAAAGAUUGACGUACUGUCACGCGUGAAUCAUAAAAACUUUGUCAAUCUCAUUGGCUACUGUGAGGAGGAUGAACCAUUUACGAGGAUGAUGGUGUUUGAGUAUGCUCCAAAUGGAAAUCUCUUUGAGCAUCUGCAUGUUGAAGAAAUGGAACACCUGGAUUGGAAUGCAAGGGUUAGGAUCAUUAUGGGAACAGCUUAUUGCCUUCAAUAUAUGCACCAAGAGCUAAAUCCACCUGUGGCACACCCUAACCUGAAUUCAUCUUCUAUCUUUUUAACGGAUGAUUAUGCUGCUAAGAUUGCAGAGAUCUGUUUCUGCUCAGAAACAACAGGUGGAAAGCAUAAGAAUUCCGGUGAUGACGAUAAGGAGCAUUCUGAAUUGCCACCCCUCUCUGAUCCAGAAACAAAUGUCUACAGUUUCGGAUUAUUGUUACUUGAAAUAAUUUCUGGAAAGCUCCAAAACUCAGAAGAAGUAGGGUCCCUUUCGUACUGGGCUUCUGCAUAUCUAAAUGAGAAUAGAAGCAACAUGGUAGAUCCAACCCUCAAGUCCUUCAAAAAUGACGAGCUCGAUGUCCUAUGUGAGGUCGUCAAAGAUUGCAUAAAACAAGAUCCUCGGCAGAGGCCACCAAUGAAGGACAUUACUGCUAAACUGAGGGAAGUGAUCCCCAUCACUCCCAACCAAGCAGUCCCCAGACUAUCUCCCCUCUGGUGGGCUGAACUCGAGAUCUUAUCCGUAGAGGCAACCUAAAAGCUCUCUCCUCUUGACUCUCUUCUCUGUGUCUGUGUUGUUGUAAGCCAAAGUCCAUAUCUCUCUCUUUGUAUCAAAUUAUUUGUUUAAAAAAAAAAAAAAGAAGCAGAAAAGUAGCUUUUUAAGUUUUAACUCUGCUCCUCCCCCUGCAUAGCUAAGUCCUUCCCCAUACAUACUUCAUGCUUGUAUUCAAAUCCCUUUUUGUCUUUUAUAUAUGUCCUUAUGAUUCAUUCCAUUCUCAUUCUUUCUGUUACUUAACAAAGUGCUAUUCUUUUA